AUCGAAAUGUCACCUCGUCAUCCAGAUCCUUGCUACGAAGAACCAUGCUUCCCGAAAGCCCGCCCAGGCAAACAAAGACCCCAUUUCCCGAAACCUCUUAUAACGGUCGAUGGUAUUCCACGGGUUGCGCUGAAUCCUGGAGACUUUGCAAGCCUUCACCAGCGCGCAUACGAUUUGCGGCCGGAAUGGUUUGAGGGUUUCCAGCUGAACACCUUCAAAACGCUGACCGUGCAUCGAAUCAUAUGGGCCAGCUGGAAUCUCAGUCACAUAACACCGACUGGUUUUCGUCUUGGAGCCCAAGUGCAGCGAAAAUGCAGCGACACCGUAUUGAAGACACCAGUGGUCGCUUUUGAUUUGAAUCCAGGCACUUUGGCAUCCAAUCUCUUCUUACUGUACCGCCCGGUUGCAUCGAUCUGCAGUGAGAUAAGUAUCCAGCUGAAACCGCAAACCCAAUCGUCCCCGGUAAUAGAUAGACUCUCGCUGCAGCAUACUGGUACCAGCACAACUACUACCUUGCGCUGCUACAAUCCCACCAGGCAAUCCUGCCGCAUGACACUGGACCACUUGGUGAGCUACAACGAUAGAUUGGCAUUCGGGGCGGAGCUGCUGUACGAGUGGUAUCGGGACACAACUAAUGCCCAGAUGGCAAUCGCCGCAAGAUACACCGGCGACAAGUAUUCUCUUGCCAUAACCGGCUCGAAGGAAGCCUUUGAUCUUAGCUACUGGCGAAAGGUUAACAAUCAGCUGCAAAUCGGUUCAUCACUGGCCUGCAGCCAUCGAGAGGGCAAAGCCAUAGGUACCAUCUAUUAUCUGAUGGAGCGGCCAGAUUGCACCAUCCGGGGUCUGUUUGAUUCGGAUUGGUCCGUAGGAUUCACAUAUCAAAGGAAGCUGUCGCAGAUGCCAAUCGGCACCGGUAUCAGUCUAUUAUUCUGCAUCCCGAAAAACACAUUCCAGUGCGGGUUCAAAAUUGAUUUGGACUCAAAUUUGCUUUAAUCGGAUAUCGUUGAUGGCAGCCUUAGUUUAAAUUCAUGCGAA